CGCGCGCGCCUCUGUCCCCACAGGUCGUACCGCGUUAUGUGUGUGAGUGCCCUUGACUCGCGCUCUCCGUUGACCUCCAUGUGGUGUCGUAGUUGACUGGAGAUGUGACCAAGUGUUCCUUAUUAUGGCCUAUGAGUAAACAAUGUCAAUUCCGUCGGUGACGUCAUCGUCGUGGAGCGGUGGUGGGGGGAGCUCUCCAACCAAUCAGCGUUCAUCUUCCAACAUCAACGCCAGCCUAGACAUCUGCAUGGCCAAAUACCAAGAAUAUGCCACACCUAUUGGAGAGCUGUAUUGCCCGUGGACCUGGGACCAAGUUCUCUGCUGGCCUCCGACCAAAGCGGGAACCACUGCCACUCAGAGGUGCCCCAGGGAUAAGGGGAUCGAUCCUACCAAGUUCGCUACGAAGAGAUGUUCUGUGGAUGGCAGAUGGGAGGGCAAAGCCCCCGGGGACUACACCACUCCCCAGGGGUGGACCAACUACACUCCCUGUUACACUCCGGAGAUGUUGGAGCUCUUCAAGAAACUUUACACCGGCUCCGAGGAGGCAGCGAGGAUGAAACUGGAGAUUGCUGAGAAGACGAGAACGCUGGAGAUUGUAGGGUUCAGUGUAUCUCUAGCAGCGCUCGUAAUCUCUCUCGCCAUCUUCUGUCAUUUCAGGAGCCUGAGGAACAACCGAACUCGCAUCCACAAGAACCUGUUUGUGGCGAUGGUGAUCCAAGUACUCAUUCGGUUGACUCUGUACAUCGACCAAGCCAUCAUUCGGUCAGGGGCGGAGCUGAGAGCAUCAUCGUCACUGAGGCAUGGUAUCGAUAACACGCCCGGUCUGUGUGAGGCUUCCUAUGUGUUGUUGGAGUACGCACGGACCGCCAUGUUUAUGUGGAUGUUCAUAGAAGGACUCUAUCUUCACAACAUGGUCACUGUGACAGUCUUCCAAGAGAAGUCGUACAUCCCUAUGUACACCGCCAUAGGCUGGGGAGUCCCGGUUGCCAUGACGACGGCAUGGGCUACAGUCACCUAUCACACCAUGGGCUCCACCAAGUGCUGGUGGGGCUACAACCUCACGCUCUUCUUCUGGAUACUGGAGGGCCCAAGGAUGGCAGUAAUACUGUUGAAUUUCCUGUUCCUGUUGAACAUCAUCAGAGUGUUGGUGGUCAAGUUGAGACAGAGUCACACCAGCGAGACUGAACAAGUCAGGAAAGCUGUAAGAGCAGCUGUAGUCCUUCUUCCUCUCCUAGGUAUAACCAAUCUCCUCAACAUGGUGGAGGCUCCUCUAGACCGCUCUGUAGGAGAGUUCGCGGUCUGGUCCUACACCACACAUUUCCUUACUUCCUUCCAAGGCCUCAUCAUCGCCUGCCUCUACUGCUUCUUAAAUGGAGAGGUACGGAUUGCGGUGGCCAAGAGUGUUUCUACAUACCUGUCUCUGCGGCCUCACCACUUUACUCCUCGCCGCAACUCCGCCUACGUCUCCGGAGUCUAUACAGAGCAAGCCGCCCCUCUACCCUCGGCCCGCGCUGUUAGGCCUCCGCCCUGCUGGCUCAGGCUAUGCUGCACUAGGCCUACGCCUCCCGAGCCGGACAUUCCAGAAACCAGAGUUUGACAUACAGUGAGACUUGUCCAAAGCGCAACGUCUUCCAGCAGUCUUAGCUCCCCCUGAACUGAUCAUCAUAUCCCAAAGUGAUAAAUGACGAGCGUUCAUCAUAUCUGCUGCAAACUGAUCAUAUCCAAAUGGCUAUAAUAUCCGAGAUCACAUAAUAGAGUCAGCCUUUGUGUAGUGAGUUAAUUAUAAUAUGUUCGGUUUGAUAGACCAGGAUCGAGCCUGUUUAAUGCACUCACAAUAUGGUAACUUAUUGUUUCCAAACAAUAAUUUACAAUGUUGUGGGUUUGAGUGACAUAGUUUUAUUAAUUUUUAGAAACAUUCAGUAAGAAAAAAAACUAUGAAAUAGUUUAUUUGUGACAAAUUAAUGAACGAUUUCGAAAAGGCUAUUGUUUAAAAAGUUAUUGGGCCAUUAUCCUUGUUGUUACAUCUAUUUUUGACGUUCACUACAUAUUUUUAAGCGUCAACUCAAUAUGAGCUUUACUAUUCAUUACUAGAGACAAUAUUUGGUUUUAUUAUUAUUUUGAACGUAGUAUUUCAAUUCUUAAAACACGUGGCUCUUUGUUGAGGUAAUUUAUUUAUUGAAUUAUUUGCUAGCAGUUAGACUGAAAUCAUUAAGACUGCCAAUAUUUGCGAGUUACCUUUAACAUCGUGCAAACAAUUAAGAAACCAUACAUUCGAAAAAAGAUUGGCUUACAUCAUAAUUUAAUCAAGGUUCAAUAUUUUCACAAUUAAAGGUUUCCUAGAACUCGUUCUAUUUGCUUGAAUAAAAUAUUAAUUUACGAUACUUCAGGAAAACAGCGAGUUAAAAAGUCCCUUACAGCUUUCUAUUACUUAAUGGGCAACAUAAAAUACAGUUUAAAAAUAUUCAUAACUAUCGUAAUUAAUCCAUUACUUCUUCAUUGACUUUGACUUUCAUUGACACUAGGAUUCCAGAUGAAAGAGGUAUUUAUUUAUCUCAAUUAUGUGCCUACACUGAGUAUUAAAUGUAUUCCACCUUCUUUUUCAGUUAGUUUCAUAGUUUGAACAGGAACCUUUUUCUGAGGAGAUGUUUGAUAUUUUAAAAGUCAUUUUGCUUUUAUGUUAGUUUUACGUAUGAGAAUUUGUUUCUAAAUCUGUUAAAAUACUUAGUAUAUUUAUAUGCUUUUAAACUUAUGAUUAACUAAGCAGGGCAAGGUUAGCCAACGGCGAUAUUGCUUAUGAUCAUUUCAAUCAUCAUCAAUCUUCAGCUUUUAAACCUUCUUGUAACUAAAUUGGUCAUUAUUUCUUUUAAUACCAUUUUAUAUCCUCUUAUAAAUCUCUGAAAAUGGUAACUUCCUCAUUAAACCUGCCUAGUAGGCCUACGAGUAAAGUGCCUUGCAGAUCAAACGUUUAAUAUUACGACACAAAAAUUGAUAUUUUGAAAAACUAUUCCGUUAAAGGAACAAAAAGUAUGUAACUGUUAUGAAAGCAAGGUUUGUAAUAGUUUUUAUCUUACCAAUUUUAAGAAAGAUUUAAAUGUCCUUGUACCGCCUAACGUUCGUAAACUAGAUAUUUUAGGUAAGAAGUUAUCUUUUGAUAAGUGACUAAGUGUUUUCCAUUGUGACGUGUAUGUGUAAACCAAUGAACCAUGUUUAUCCCAGCUUCCACAGUAGAUAGGAACCAUUUCUAGAGACACCAUUUAACCAUAUCUAUCAACACCAUACUUGCGUGUGUUUACCUUAAGCAGGCUGUGUAACAUAUGUUUAUAUUUUUUAACAAAUAAAUAUAAUUUUUGUUGUAUUAUGACAAGUAUUUACUAAGACAAUAUUAUGUAAAAUGUUAUAUAUUUUAUAUCUGUUGUACAAAUAAAUAUUUAUUAGUUGUUUAAUAUCAGGUAUAUGAUUAGUAAGGGUAGUUGUUGUUUGGUUUUGUAAUUAAUUGAAACUAGUUUGUAUUAAGUUUACAAAUGUAUUCUGCAUUGUAAUUAUUCGUAGAUGUACUAUUUUCCGUUGAUCAAAUUACUAACAGAAAAGCUAACGGUAAACUUUAAUUAACUUUAAGCCUUCGAUUCUCUUUUAAUUAAUAUUAAUUAUUUUCUUUUAUGAAGAUUUUCGUUUUUUUUCAAUAAAUUUAAAUUCUCUUCAAACUUUCAUUUGGCCGUCCAUGUGCGUGGAACGUAUUGAGCAAAGCAAGGGAUUAGCUGCCACAGAACAUGAAGAAAUUGUACUGAUAAAGCAACGCAGGAACAUAAUUAAAGACUAAUUUUAAUUUCAUUUAAUUAAUCAAUGAUUACAGAAAUCACUAAGUACUUAAAACCAAUCAUCCAAAGACGUUUACAACUACAGAGACAUUAUUUAUACCUAAGAGUAUCAACUCCUAUGAGUAUUCUUAUCAAAUUUUCAGAAGCUAUAAAUGAUAGUUUAUUAUUUCUAAUACCAUCUUCUGGACGGAUAAUUGAUUUUAAAAUUUAAAUCAUCCCAAAAUUAAGUUUUAUUUGUUCGCUAAUUAUGGUGUUUCAUAAAAGUGGUUAAUUAAGCUAGUUAGUAUUAAUUUUGUCAUAUCUUAAGACAAAUAUUCUUUAAAAUGGAUUACAGCUUCUUCAGAGAAUAUAGGUGAAUAGUUUUUAAAAAAUAUGUAAAAGUGAAAUGUAAAUAAGUCAUAAGUUAAGUCAAUUUUAUAUAAAAAUUCGAAUGAUAUUUUUGUUGAGGCACAAUUUGUACUGAUAUUAUUUGCAGAAGUCUUGGAAUCAGUUAGGUUGAAUGAGCUAUGUUGUAGGUCUAUUAAACUUUUGUUCCUCCAUGCUGGGUAUAAUAUUUGAUUAAUUUUCUACUCUUCAUCAUCAGUUAAAGAUUAUUAGUGAAAACGUUGCAUGGUGCAUCAGAUAAACAUGCAUUAUAAGCGUGACGAACAACUUUGGAAAAAAUGCUUUAGACAUAAUUGCACUAACUAGGCAAAUAUCUUUCCCAUAUGUCACAACCAAAACGUUGUUCAAAUUUUAUUCCACUUUCAAUUAAUUGGAUACUGAGACAGUUCCUAUGUGAACACUUUGUUGCCUACGUUCAUCUAAAAUCAUAAACCUAAUUGUAACCAAAUUGUUGUUAAAACGAGGGGAGACUAGUUAAAACUCAACAUUCCACUUAAAGAGGAGUAUGAACGAACUAAGAUUGUGAAUAACCAGCUUAUUCUAUUACCAAGAUAUUAUUAUGUAUGGUUUGAAUCGUUUAAGUUUACCAUCCAGCUGAUUAAACUAACAUGCAAAUAAUGAUUUGUAUGUUUUCACUGUUAUCAUAAAAUGCAUUGUACAUAUCAUUCGACAAUGUACAUAUACUAAUUAUAAACAGGGACCUACGUAUGCAAACAUAGCACAACCUCCAGCUUGAUUUCAUGUUAGGCUAUUUUUCUACAAUGUAGGCUAAACAUUAUAUUUAUACGAUAAGCUUCUUAGUCAGCUUAAACUUUUAGAAAUUCCAUUCUAAACCAUAUUACUGUUAAUAUUGAUAAAUAAAUUUAAUGUUUUA